AUGGUGUCUAUGCACGAGAAUCUUGUGGCUAUUCCUGGAGAGAGACUAGGUAGUUUAGAGCAAUUUUCGUCGGGAAAUGGAACGUACACUCGCCAUGGAUAUGUUUACGCAAGUCUUGCAGGUUAUAAGCAGUUACAACAGCAGAAAAAUGGAGAGGUAUAAAGCUUACGUUCUCCCAAGAUCAGUGUAUUGAACUUUAAAAGAGCCACCUGCAAUUGCCCGUUUGAAGGAAUCAGACUUAGCCGUUGGGGUCGUUCAGAGUGAAUUUCAAAGACUGAUUGCUGUUGGAUGAAUUUUUUGAGACCUUGUAGGUAGGACUUGAAUCUGUCACCUAGAACGUGACCAAGGUGUCAUGUCACCUUGAAUCAGUGUCUUGACCCAAAACAGAGGGUGGUGGUUUAGUGACCUGUUGACAGCAGUGAAUUUGAUAUACGUAUGUGACAGUAGACUGGCUUGAGUAUUCUCCUUUCCACCUUUUAGAAACCUGUGAUGUGUGUGAUAAGAGAAGAAGAAAAGCACGUGGUACCAGAGGCUGAUUCAGUUGUUACAUGCAAGGUAUUAAUUUAUCCUCACUGCAUAUCUUUGUCACAUCACGGUGAACCAAGUUAUGGGAGGAAUCUAUGACUUCUUUGGCAAAGAUUUGCCAAGGAGUUCAAUUUGAGUAAUAGAGGGUAAAUUUAUAAAAAGAGUGACCUGAAAGGACAUAUUAUUGCUUUGAGCGAGAGCAAGUUUCACCUUUGCGAGGAUUAGAGUUACUGAAAGUGAAAUUGCAGCAGAAAUAUGGAUCAAGUCCGGAAAAAUCAAUUUUAGUUCAAGUUAGCAUGAGUUUUAAGUUACCAAGGGCUCAAGUUACUGGGAGUCAGGUGCAAUUGCUGUGCUGAAUGAUUUUGGAGUGCAUCAGGUAAAAUGUUUUGUAGCCUGCAUGGACAAAUACCCUUCCCUUACUUUGUGAAUGAGGGUGGGGAUGAGAGGUGGUAACUCAGUGGUCUUGAGGCCACACUGAUUAAAAUAGCAGCCUAAGUUCAAACUGGUUGCUUUGUUGUUCAGAAUGGUCUGCCUCACCUCAAAGGUGUAAUUUUUCAUAAUCCUUCAUGUGACACAAUUAAACUUAAUUGCAUCCAAUGUUUUGUUAUCCUCCUCAGGUGAUAAGUACAAAUCCAAGGUUCUGCAAGGUUGCAAUUCUUGGUGUGGAGGCAACUUCUUUGAAAGAAACUUUUAAAGGAACAAUCAGAAAGGAAGAUGUCAGAGCAACAGAAAAGGACAAAGUUGAAAUGUACAAGUCAUUCCGCCCUGGUGACAUAGUAUUAGCCCGAGUAUUAACUUCUCAUACACAGACUUAUCUUCUGUCAACAGCUGAAAAUGAACUAGGGGUCGUGUUUGCCAAGAGUGAGGCUGGUAAGAAGUUUGUGUAUAUUAACUGCAAGCAUAAGGGCUAUAUAAUAGUGAUGAUAAGUAUGGUUGAAAUGAAAAAAUAUUUUCUGCUUCCACACUAAAUUCUACAGUAGAUAUCAAGUUGUGCUUUAUAUAUUACAAUAGCAAAUUAACUGCAGUUUGCAUCUAGUUAAGGAUGCCAUGUUUUUUGUGUGCCAAAAAAGACAAAACAUUUUUGAUUUUAAAGAUAUGUAACAACUAACUUAACAAGACUCUUGACAUUAAGUUUAUUGAAGUUUAAUCUAAGAGUCGUCACAUUCACAAAAAAAAAAUAAGAAGUAAAAGUCCUAUCCAAUUUACGAAGUCAUUCGCGUGGCUCGUCUGUCGCGUGGUUAGUUUGUUACCCCAUUUCUCACGGGGCGUAAACAAACCAAUAACGUACGCGACAGACAAGCCACGCGAACGACUUUGUAAACACUAAAAGCCAUGCAAGAGAGAAACCUCUGCUUACAGGGUAAUCCAAUUAAGUUGACACAAACAAAGUUAUCCUGAUUGAUCAAUAAAUUGCUGUUUAAAAUAACGAGAUAAAGGAAAGAGGAAGGAGUGUCAUUAAACAAGGUAUUUUUUUAUUGGGUGUAACCAUUAGGAGCUUGAUUUUCUUUUUUCUUAUUUUGGGGUUGGGGGUGGCAGUAAGCAUUGGAUUUGCCUUGGUGGAGACGAAAUGCCAGGCAAAAAAUGAAAAAAUAGCAACAAAAAUAGUAUAGUUAGUUGAGGGCAAACAGUGCCCAUGAGUGCAGGCUCUUUUACAGUGUGUAUGUUCUUUUUCCUAUGUAGGAGUAGCAAUGGUUCCUGUGAGUUGGUGUGAAAUGCAAUGUCCAAAAACAAAAGCAAAGGAACACAGGAAGGUUGCAAAGGUGCAGCAGGCGGCGUCUUAA